CGUGCGCUAACGAGGGCAGGCGGCGCAAGCGCGGCCGGGCCGCGGGGAGCGCGCCGCAGGCUUCCCGGCAGCGGCGGCCGCCGGGAAAUUGCCCUGUCAGGAAAAGCGCGGUUUCCCUAGCCCGCUCCCCGCGCACCUCAUGUAUAGUGUUUCAGUGUGGACAAGUUUUAGUAAAAAUGCACAGUAAGAAGCAGGCUCCAGUAAAUUACUAUGUUGGAAUUGAUGUUGGAUCGGCAAGUGUUCGUGCGGCUUUGGUAGAUGAAUUUGGGACGGUAGUGGCACAUGCAGAUCAGCCAAUCCAAAUUUGGGAACCCCAAGCAGACCACUAUGAGCAAUCCUCUGCUGACAUAUGGGCUGCUUGUUGCUCAGUCACAAAGAAAGUUGUCUGUGGAGUAGAUGCCAGACAGAUUCGAGGGCUUGGUUUCGAUGCUACAUGUUCUCUUGUUGUUGUGGAUAAGCAAUUCCAACCCUUGGCAGUCAACUGUGAAGGACAAAACCAUAGGAAUGUUAUUAUGUGGAUGGACCAUCGUGCAGUCAGUCAAGUAGACCGAAUCAAUCAAACACAACACAGAGUUUUGAGCUAUGUUGGGGGAACAAUGUCUGUGGAAAUGCAGCCACCUAAAUUGCUCUGGAUCAAGGAAAAUUUGCAAGAAUCAUGCUGGGAGAAGGCAGGCUACUUCUUUGAUCUUCCGGAUUUCUUAUCUUGGAAAGCAACAGGUGUCACUGCAAGAUCCCUCUGUACAUUGGUGUGCAAGUGGACGUAUACUUCAGAUGGAGGUUGGGAUGACAGUUUCUGGCAAAUGAUUGGCUUGGAAGAUUUGGUGAAGGAUAAGUAUGAAAAAAUAGGAAACCACGUCUUGUCUCCUGGAGAGGCUGUUGGAAAAGGUCUAACGGCAGAGGCUGCGAGAGAUCUUGGUCUCCCCGAAGGGACUGCAGUAGCAGCUUCUCUCAUUGAUGCACAUGCUGGAGGACUAGGAGUAAUUGGAGCAGAUGUGAAAGGACACAACCUGCCAUGUGAAAAUCAGCCAAUUACAUCCCGAGUUGCUAUGAUCUGUGGAACAUCUUCAUGCCACAUGGGGGUAAGUGAAACGCCCAUUUUUGUGCCUGGUGUUUGGGGACCUUACUUCUCUGCUAUGGUGCCUGGAUUUUGGUUGAAUGAAGGAGGUCAAAGCGCUACAGGAAAACUGAUAGAGCAUGUGGUCCGAGGCCAUGUCGCUUUCCCAGAAUUACAGGCAAAAGCUAAAGCCAGUUCUCAAAGUAUAUAUACAUACUUGAACAGUCACCUGGAUCUGAUUAAGAAAUCUUUGCCUGUGGGUUUCCUCACUGUUGAUUUACAUGUUUGGCCAGAUUUCCAUGGCAACAGAUCUCCCUUAACAGAUCUGACACUAAAGGGCAUGGUUGUUGGACUAACAUUGUCUCGAGGUCUGGAUGAACUUGCCCUUAUCUACUUGGCCACGAUUCAAGCCAUUGCUUUAGGAACGAGACAUAUUUUGGAAACUAUGCAGGCUGCAGGGCAUCAUAUCAACACACUGUUUCUGUGUGGUGGGCUGAGCAAGAACCCCCUCUUUGUGCAGAUGCACGCUGACAUUACUGGCAAGCCUGUUGUCCUGUCCAAAGAAGUGGAGUCUGUUUUGGUGGGUGCUGCUAUUCUUGGAGCUUGUGCUUCUGGGGAUUUUGCAUCUAUACAGGAGGCCAUGGCGAAAAUGGGAAAAAUUGGGAGAGUCGUGCAGCCAAACCAUGGGGAUAAAAGAUUUUAUGACAAGAAAUAUGAAGUAUUUUUGAAACUCGUGGAACAUCAGAGAGAGUAUCGUUCUAUCAUGAAAGGCUUCUAAUCCAGCUCGCGUAGUCUGGGAACAAUGUGGGUGACAAAUAUCCAGGUACUUUAGGCAGAGGUAAUUUCUUCUUACUGUGUUGUUGACUGUAAAGAUAUACUUUUAUCAUUAAAAAUGUACAUUUUCAUUUUCAAUCAAAAAUAAAAUGCAUUCAUUUCA